AUGUUGUCAGUUGCAGAGAUAAUAAAUUUAUUAAAUAUUAUUCCAGUUGGUUACAAACGACCGGAAGAUAACUGUUUUAGUGCCGGCAAUCAAAUGUACAUACCAGAAUACAAAAAACUUGGAGUCAUAACGGUGGCAAACGAAUUGCAGGAUGAUUUGCCUGUACCAGACGAAAAUGAUUUAUUUUGUGAUGUUCCUGGGUGUCAACUUGCUUUCGAAGACACCGCCUCUUACCAGGCUCAUUUUUACAAUAUGCAUCGAUAUUUGUGUUCUGUUUGCCGCCGUUGUCUGCCUACAGCACAUUUGCUGGGUUUGCAUAUUUUAGAAUAUCAUGACUCCUAUUUUACUAUUCGCGCACAACGUGGAGAGGCUAUGUAUUUAUGUUUCUUGGGAGAAUGUAAAGAGAAAAUGCUAACCCAAAAGCAACGUAGAGAUCACUGCAUCAGCAAACACAAAUUUCCAGCUAAUUAUAGAUUUGAACAAUUGUGCGGCAAACCGUUUAAAAGACAUAAAAAAAAAACAUCUAAAAGUCUUGAGGCAAGAGAGACUAUCGAUGUCAUGGAGGUGGUUGACAACUUGAACAAAUAAGCUUCCGUUGGACAUCCAAAAUUAAAACAUAUCUGCCACCAAGGGUGUACAGAAGACCCAACGGUAAUUUACAAUUGACUCAUUUAUUUUGUGUUUAAAUUUUUAUUUUAAUAAAUAUAAUGGAAUUGUUUGUUUAA